ACAGUCAGCUGCAGGGAGCACAUUUCACAGGGGCAGUGCUGGCUCUCCAACACACACACAGACACACACAUACACACACACACACAAACUCGCAUGCUGUUACGGAACUCUCACGCACAUAAACUCACAUAGGCAUGCUCACACACUGACACGCUCACACCACAAACACACACACACACACACACACACCAGCUCCAAAGCGUACACUCCUUCCAGCAGAUACACAUUUCCCUUGAGCUCGAUGCCUCUCUUUAAGGGAAAGGACAAACUGCUUUGAGGAUUUAACUUGGCUUCCUUCUUAAAAAAGGGAGCGAGAACAGACAGCAGAGGAGAAAGAGGAAGGAUUUAUUUGGGGACACCUUCCUUCACAGGAGAUGUACAACUUGUCAGCAUGACACCUUGUCUGGAUUCCCCUCUCCUCCUCAGGCAAAAAUCCUGAAAAUGAUGGAUGACAACAAGCAGUUGGCCCAGCGCAUCGAUGGGGCCAUUCAGUCCGCCAGCCAGGAGGUGACCAACCUGCGCUCAGAGCUGAGUGCAACCAGCCGCAGACUGGCCGAGCUGGGGGCGACCGACUCUGCCAGCAUGCUUGAGACCCUGCAGCACAACCACAACGAUCCCUCUGCUCACCAGAGGCAGAAGCCGCCUGCCACUGAACUCUGCUACAAGACUGAAAUCAGCAGUCUAAUGGACUUCAACUCCCCGGAUGCUUCUCUGGACAAAGUCCUGCUGCGUGAGGAGGUGGCCCAGCUCCAGGAGGAGGUGCACCUGCUGCGGCAGAUGAAGGACAUGUUAAGUAAGGACCUGGAGGAAACCCAGGGAGGCUGCUCGGCUGACGUGCUCUCCGCGACCGAGCUCCGCGUGCAGCUGGCCCAGAAAGAGCAGGAGCUGGACCGAGCCAAGGAGGCUCUGCAAGCCAUGAAGUCGGACCGUAAGCGUCUGAAGGCGGAGAAAGCAGACCUGGUGAACCAGAUGCAGCAGCUUUAUGCCACACUGGAGAGCCGGGAGGAGCAGCUCCGUGACUUCAUACGCAACUAUGAGCAGCACAGAAAAGAGAGCGAGGAUGCGGUGAAGGCACUGGCUAAAGAGAAGGACCUGCUGGAGAGAGAAAAGUGGGACCUGCGGCGGCAGACCAAGGAGGCCACGGAGCACACGGGGAUGCUGCGCUCCCAGCUCGACCUCAAGGAGAACCGCAUUAAGGAACUGGAAGCUGAAUUGGCCAUGGCCAAACAGUCUCUAGCCACCCUAACCAAGGACGUGCCAAAGCGUCACUCUCUGGCCAUGCCCACGGAGACAGUUGUCAAUGGCAACAACCAGGAGUGGGUGAUGCAGGCCGACCUCCCGCUGACAGCAGCCAUCAGACAGAGUCAGCAGACCCUCUAUGUCCACACAGGGCAUCCCACUGACAGACAAGUGGCUGCCGUGCGGGUGAGCCCGUGCCACUCGCGUCAGCCCUCCAUCAUCUCCGACGCCUCGGCGGUGGAGGGAGACCGGUCAUCCACACCCAGCGACAUCAACUCACCACGCCAUCGGACUCACUCCCUCUGCAAUUCCCUAGAAGAUCUGGAGGAGGCGAAGCGUAAGAAGAAGAAAGAGAAGAUGGGGCUUGGCUCUCUGUCGCGUGUCUUUGCCCGGGGAAAGCAGCGCAAGUCCCUCGACCCUGGUUUGUUUGAUGGUACUUCAACGCCUGAUUAUUAUAUAGAGGAAGAUGCAGACUGGUAAAGCACACAUGUCCGAGCGAACCACCUGGAGAGCCUUUGUGGCAAUUAUCAGAAGACAGCUUUGUGUUGUGUGUGUGUGUGUGUGAGAGGAUGGGUGUGUGUUUGAUGUCAGUGUGUACAGAUACAGCAGUGUGUGCCUGCGCAGUCUCACACGCAUGCAUACUCAUGUGUGUGAAAGUGUGUGCAUGUGUGUGUCGUCCAUGGUCAGAGGCCAUGUCAGGAGCCGGAGGCGCGUCUUGCUUCGCUGAAGUGUAAACCUUAACGAGCAAAUUGCACCUGUAUGUAUGUACAGUCCUGUAAAUAGAGUGGACAGUGUGACACAGCGACCAUGUGGAUAUGUUCUAUUGUAUCUGCCCUCCAAAAAACAGGCUGUGUUAUUGGAUCUUUUAAUUGUUCUUUACAUUUUGACUUUUUGUUUUCACUCAACUGGAAACUUGAAGGACUGCUGUACUUGUAAAUAACAACAGUUGAUGUGCACUUUGUGCGUGUAAAUGUCUCCUUGUCCUGAAUGCCUUUUGUUAUUUUCUGACAUGUACUCCCCUCCUCUCACUACCUUUUAACUUGAACUCCUCCCUGUUUAUUGUCCUGCCUGGUCCAUCCCCCCCCCCCUCCUUCCACACUGCCAUGACGAGAACAGUUUCCUGUCGGCAACAUGCAGACUCCUCAAAUCCACCUCUAAUUCGGUUGUACAACACAUCCCUCAACCGCCAAGAAAACUGUGCACUCCUUGAUGUUCGCUCAAAUGAGACUUCAAAGACGCUGCUAAGCGAGGAAUAAACUUUCUAUGCAGAACAGUUUGUUCCACGGCAACAUGAAGCCAAACAGGAAAUGUAAGAAAUGUGUUUUCUAUCUGCUCAGAUAGAAGGUACAUGCCGAAGGUACAUGUGUGACAUGCAUGCACAUAGUCCCAGUCCCUGAAUGCAUGUUGAACAAAACCCUACUAAACAGAAAUGUCUUUCUCUGGGUAUGUUGUCGAGGAGAUGUUUUUUAAAAAAAAAAAAGAGAGGUCAGUUGCUGAUUUCAUGAUGUUUAUUCAUGAUUUCCUCCAUUUUUAAAUGAAGUUAUUAGAUUUAUUAUUCAGAAAAAAAAGUUUAACAUCCCAAACUAAACAUAGAACGCUUUAAUCUGCACCUACAAGGCUCUUUAUACAAAAUUACAUUUGAAGUAUUAAGGUCAGCAAAGUCAACAGCCACAAAGAAAACCCAGCGCUACACUUUGAAUGAUUAAAUCAUCACUUCACAUAUUCAUGAGGCUUUGUGCCAUUUUCUCUCUGUAGGAUCUUACAGUAGCUUGUAGCUAUCGUUUUAUUAAUGCUUAAAAAAGCUGCUGGGAGUAGAAUCACUCUGGGAAAAGGAAUAGAAAUCUGUCAUCAUAGCAUAAGUGAGAGCAUAAACAUCAAUUAUAGUAUCACUGUAGAUAUUAGCCUGAUGGUCAAGGCUUUUCUGAACCUCAGGAAGUAGGUCAUUUUACCAGAAAAUCCGGACUUCAGUUUAGAGGCCUGAGCAUAGAGCUGACACUAAUUGAACUGUUAUAACAAUAACGAGUGCCAACCCAGGAGGUUAAAAAUCAGGCUAAACAAACCGAAGCAAAUGCAUACCUUCUCCCUCGACCCCCAAAUUCAGAUGCAGAGUUCAGGCCAUUGCUGAAAAAAGCAAUUAACUUUGUGCCAAAGGUUAAUAGCGUUUCUUCAAGCAAAAGAAUGUCCACAGACGUUGGAUUAUUUUCAUCCUUUCAUUGGAUUGAGCCGGAGUCUGCACUGCCACCCCCAGGAAAUCUUUUCUCUCCCUGAUAUUAAACUAACACUGGGUAUUUGUCAGUCUCAUCUGAAACACUAUACAGUCACAGAUUACAUUGGAGCUGUAUUUAACCACAGUGCUUGUCAAAAGAGCAUCCGUGUAAGCGGCGAGGGGGAUUAUCGGUUAACCCUCAGCUCAGCCUACAUUUGGGCUCGCAGAUAUUGGAUUUAGAGGUAAAUCACUAAGCUAAUUCAUAGAUAAGUCAUCAUGUAUUAAAAUGUAUGUAUAGGAACAACAGCUCAAUCAGUUUAUUUCAUUAAGCCUUUAAUGAAAUGUAUUAAAAAAAAAUACUAGGCUAUUUUUAUUUUUUCAUUUAACCAACCUCUGCUGAUGGGGAAAAAAACAUAUCAAAUGAAAAGCAUUGUAUGAUCUUUAUGUUUUGAGCCACGGUCUCUUUGGGUUUUUUUUUGUUUGUUUGUUUGUUUUGUUUUUCCACAAAUAUUUUACUUUUUGUAAAUGAGAUAACAUUACAGAAAUAAAAUUAAUAUUAUUAUUAAAGAGUUUUUAUUUAAAGUCAAAGAUGUAGGCCUCAGUGGAGGACUUCCUGCUGUGAGGUCCUGAGAUGUUUAGAAGUGGAUAGUAGCGAACUUUAAAGGCAUGGCAACAAAAAUUACGCUCAAAAGAACUAAAUGAGAAAAAUAAGAUUAUUUUAAAAUAAAAUAAAUAACCUUGAAUUUCCAUGUGGCUGUCCUCUCUUUCCCUGUGUUGAUGUUUGUGUGUUUACGUGUUCAUUUGUCGUGGUAUGGCUCUAAUCCUGAUUCGUCCCUUUACACUGCGGGGGCUGCCAUCUUUAACAUAUGCGUGAGCCUCCCUCAGCCCCGCAAGUCCAUCUGUGACAAGACCGCAUCCCAAAAGCUUCCAAAUGGCCUCCUUUCUUCUCUCUCCCAAUUUUCACUCCUUAUUCGUCCUGAGAAUGUUUCUGUCUCUGUGAUAUGAAAAUCAAUAAUCAGGAAACAGAGAGUGGAAAGGAAGCCAUGUCAAACUGUCGGAGCGGACCUCAUAUGUGUCAGCACAUGAUGUCAAUAAUGUUCUGCUGUGAUUUGACCCCUGACCUCUAACACUGACCCCCCCUCUUGCCUGCCCUCCUCCGGACUCUCAACACAGUGAAGUGACCCAAGAAGUAAUCAAUCAGACUCAGUAAGACCAAGGUACACAAGUUCCGAUUGCUUUAACAAUGAGCUGUGCUGGGUUGCAGACUGUGUUUGCAGAUGCCUUCUAACUUUCAAAAAGUAUCACAAACUGACCUUGGAAUGUAGCACUUCUUCAAGUUCAAACUAACUCUGAUGAAAAUCAUCCAAAAACAACAAGUGCCUCUGUAUAUGACGUGCCUACAGGGGCGUCUGCAACUUUUUUUCCUGUUUACUAAUAUUAGAAACUUUCUAUGGCGUACUAACAUUAGUUUAAUACAGACUUCAGAUUUCCACUUUUACCAAAUAUCUCAACAACAAUCCACACCUGUAUUAAGCAGUCAAAGAAAUGCACUUUGUCAAGAGUUGAUGGUUCUUUCAAGUCUGCAAGGUGAAUGCCAUGCUGCAGCCAGUUAGCUUAGCGUAGCAUAGACUGGACACAGACUGGCUGUAGCUUCAUAUUUACUGUACAGACAUGAGAGCUGUAUCAAACUUAUCGGUGAAUAAGAAUAUUUCUCCAAAGCUUUUCUUUCAAAGGUGCUGUAUACGACAUUCAGAACAUUAAUACAGCAGCAAACAACUAUUUGCUUUGGAAAGAUACAGUGCUGUAAUGGUGUCCUGAGCAGAGAAGUCACACUACCUCUGCGUGUGUUCUAUCUGAGCCUCUCUGUUCUUUCUGGUGGUAGAUGGUCCAGCUGUGCGUGCAUGUCAGUGCAUGAGACCCUGUGUGUGUAUCCCACUGACUAGCUAGUCACCACCACUCUGCACUGUGUUCAUACAGAGAGGAAGACCCUCCUGUUGCGCUGUCUACAGUGGGACCUCGUUUCAGAAAAAAUAUGUAGCCUUCAGUAGUCAAUGGUGAGACAGAUAAUUUUGCAACUCAAGAAAGUGGCAGUUUUAGUUGUGUGUGAAACCGUGAACAUCAUCUCUCAUCUCACACCAUAUAUGACACCUACACCAGCUAGCAGUAGAUAUGUUCCACACACAUGUAACAUUAUUUUGUCUGAUAUGUUUUACACAGCGGUUCCUGGUCUUUUUAUCAGUUGAGAAGCGAAAGAACCAGUAAGACCCGCUCCUCGUGUGAGUUCAUCCUGCUGGUACGAAAUGCACAGGCUUUGUAGCUUCAGUCAGAGAGAAAGCUGUGACAUCAUUUAUGCAAUUUGACUUCGUUCUAAUCACUGUGUUAUACUUUAACAGUUUUACAACAAACUGUGACUUUAUUGACUUGCAAAAUUAACUUUUGAACUGACAAUCAUCAUGUGUAAUUCAUGACACGAUUCAAACAGGAUCAAAAAAUUAACUGAGGGGUGUCGGUGGCUUAGUGCUUAGAGCAGGCGCCCCAUAUACAAAGGCUCAGUCCUUGCCGCAGCGGCCGUGGGUUCGCUUCCAGCCUGUAGCCCUUUGCUGCAUGUUGCUCCCUGUGUUUCUCCCCCAUUUCAAACUAGUCUGUCCUAUCAUUAAAGGCCUGAAAAGCCCAAAAAAAUAAUCUUUAAAAAAUAGUAACUGAAAGAAGUCCCGGGCUGGUCCACUGGAAGGGGAGUGACUUCGCCUCUCUACACAGUGGUUACAGCUGGUAACUUUGCGUACGUGUAGCAGCAGUGGAAUCGCUUACCACAAAGACUUGAAACAGACUGGCCGUACCUUCAUAUUUAUUAUACAGACAUGACAACAGUAUUAAUCUUAUCUCACUGUAAGAAGGCAAAUAAGUGUAUUUUCCAUCAUCUGUUCCUUUGAGGCAUUUAACUCUCAAGCCAGAUAACUAAUUGGUACAGUGAAUUAGUGAAUUAAUUUAUCUUACAUUGUGAACUCUUAUCCAUCUUGAACAUUGAAUUAUGAAACAUGUUUUAAAGGAAAAUAUCCAAUAUCAUGUGCGUUUGGUACACAACACAACCUGCUCCUUCAUCCCUCAUCCUGAGUGUGACUCGCUGUAUGUAGCAAUGACAUCCAUUAUACCAGCUACUGAAGGGCACGAUUAAGGAUUGAUUGCCUAAACAAAACAGUCCCCUGUGUCUUAUGUGAAGUGUACACACUGCUGUUCUCUCCGUGCUAAAGGACUAACGAUCCAUCACAGUGUUUACCAAACACACCUAACACUCAUGGCCUCAGAUAAAGGUUCACAACUCUUCACAGUAGCAGCUACGACCACAUCGCUGUAGGAUGUUCUGCUGACCCGCUACACUUUCAGUGAGGUUUUUAAAAAGGCAUGAGAGGGUCGGCCCCACAGGAGGACCCAACUCUCAGGUCACAGAGAGUCUAAUCUCCAACAGUUUGGUCUUCAACUGGAUGUCAAGCAGUAAAUUCUGCACUUCGUAAUGUGACAUGUUUUUGUAAGGACUUUUUCUGGAGUGAAAAACAGACCUUGUAUCUGGACAAGAAAGCAUUUCUGUCCAAGGAGCAGAUUUAUUCCACCUAAAAUGAAUUGCUCUCUGAGGGGCACUUAGAAGUCCACCUUCACUUUAUGUAUUGCUCUCAGGAGAGCACAUAAAAGCAUCCGGCUUAAGAUGAAUUACUGAAGUCGACUUUAAUAAAAAUCUGUUUAUUUGGACCCUGCAAUCAUUCAAUGGUGAAUCUCUUUUUAAAUAAACACACAGUGGUGCAGUAAAGCCUGCCAUAAAGUAAUGUAGGUGUCUGUUUGCUGGAAACAAGGAGACACAAAGAGGCAGAUCCACAGAGGGAACAAAAAACCUGCUGAGUUAUUUUUUGGUCUGUUUUAAGGUUGAGAGCCCCGGGCAUUGUUUCAAACUGAAUGAUUCACACAGAGAGCAUCACUCAGUCUUAUAUUUGUUUUUUUCUACUAAAUAUAACAGCUUUGUGGAUGUUUUGGCGGGUUAAGAUUCUUUACAACUGAACUCUCAAAUGGAUGCUUCUGUUAAAGGUUCAUUGGCUUCUCAGGAGGCCUUACAGUUUUAGCCCUGGUGGCUACAGCCCAUGUACAGUCAUAGAGUACAGCUUUAUUCCGAGGACUGCAGCCCAGCAUUUGUGCUGAUGUCGAGGUUUUCAGAAAGUAUCGGACGAGACAGGUGACUUUGAGGUGUGUCACUGGAGUUACCAAAGGGAAAAGAUGAAGUGUUGCUGCACAGGAAGGACUAUUUGUUCUUUAAACAACACCUCACAUGUUAAAGAAAUACUUCACCCAUAAAAUAACCAUUUGUACAUCAGUAAGUCAUGUUGCACUGCCUUGAAUAUGUAAAGAACUUUUUUUUCACACACCUCCAUGGAAAAAAGCAGAAAUAUAGAUUUAUUGUCUGACUGGGGGCCACAUUUAACAACAACAAUAAUAUUGUGCAUAGCGUGAGUUCAGGCAGGACACGAUCUCAAGCUCAGCUCACAACCCAGCUACAUCAGCUGAUCUCAAACAGCCCAAUCAACUGAUGGAGCAGCUGAUUGAUCACAUGAUUCCUCUCUAUACAACCAAUUGGUUAAUCUCAUUCAGGGCGCCCUAUUUAAACUGCUCUGGCCUGCCUGCUGUUGCUGCUUUCUCUGCAAGCCACUUUGCAACCUGCCUCCACCCCAGCUCCUCCUUUUCAUGCUGUGUCUGACUUAUUAAUGUAAUUUCUGUUUGUCAUUGAUGCUGCUCUGCUCUGUUCUGUUCCCGGGGGGUCUUUGCUCCUGCUCUCCCUGCCUAAGGCUUUCCAUGUAGGUGCAUGGAAGGGCAGGAAGGUUUGCCUCUCUGCCUUAGGCUUUCCAUGUAGGCACAUGGAAGGGCAGGGAGGUUUGCUUCCUCUGCCUCAGGCUUUCCUCAUUUGCAUGUGGAAGGGCAGACAGGUGUGCUCUCUCUGCCUUGUGGCUUUCCACGCAGGCACGUCGAAGGGCAGGGAAGUGUGCUCUUUCCACGUAGGGGCAUGGAAGAGGCUUUCUGUGUAGGCCUGAGGAAAGGCAGAGAGGCCCCAGAACAGAGCCAUACCGUCAAUUAUAGUACUGCAAAUGGAAAUAAAGUUUCCUUUGACUAAAGUGUUCCUGACUGAACUAUAUCAAAACAUCUGUUAAUAAACUCUGUACUUCCCAAACACAUGAAUUUUCACUAAUAGACCUUAUUGGAGUCUGGCUUGAGUUAUGUGCGAGUUUGUUAACAGAUAUUUUGAUAUAGUUCUGCUCUUGUUAAAUGUGGCUCCCAAUCAGUCAGUAAACCAAUACGUUUUCCAUCGAAGUGCUUUUCAGGAAUUCAGUGUAACAUGCCAUGACUAAUGAUACACAAAUGGGAAUUUUUUUGGGUGAAAUAUUCCUUUAGGUGGAUGAGCGUACUCAUCGUGCACAUUUGUCAUGAGUGACAGGAACAGUGAUAAUGUGUCCAAUAUUAACAGCAAGACAUGAUGCUAUACCAACUGCUGAGCUCAAAACUGGUACUAGGUUGCCACCUGCUGGUAAAGAUGAGAAAUGUCUUUCAGUGAAACAUACUGUGUUAUUGGCCAAUAUAUUUAAAUCAUGAGAAGAAUGUAAACAGCAAACAUUUGGCCCAUUUUAGUAACAUAACAGGUAAGCAACAGAGGAAUAUUUAUGGAGUAUUUAAAGGACAAAUUAUAAUUUCAAGGCACAUUUUUACCCCAUUGUAAAAUGACACUAAUUUGGGGCAGAUUUCAUAAUGCAUUAAAAUUUACCAUCAUUUUCCAAAUUGCAGGCUUUUUUGUUUUCAUGGUGCUGUUGCCGCGGGCUAAUUUAGACACAUAAGUCAUGUUAAUUCAACGGCUCAAACAGCUGCCUCUUUAAUGGACUUCUUAAGUGACGAGCUUGUUUAUAAACGCUGCAACUUUGUUUACAGCAUCACUGGCAAACGCCUGGCUUGUUGUCAUGCAGCCAAAAGCUUAGGACGCUGUUAAAAGCGUGUUUGUUUUGAAGAAAUUACUCACCAUCUCGUUCCAUUCCCUCACUGAGAUGAUUUUGUGUUAAACUGAUUUUAAUUUGUUGCAGUAUGUUGGGAUUAACAUUUUGUUUUUUUAUUGCUCACUAUACCCACGACCACCUCUGCCUUCACUCACACCCUCAACUACAUCACCCACAUGUCCCCCCCUCCCCUCACCCACCC